AUGAUCUUCGAGCAGAUCCAGCUGAUCUUCGGGAAGGACGUGAAGGGCAUCAUCGACCUGCUCAUUACCUUCGCCGACAUCUCGGAGCCUCCCGCACUGAAUGUGGUGGAGCGGGCUGGCAUCCCCUACCGCGGCUUCUACAACGUCAACAACAGCUGCCUCUAUAGCAGGAGCAAAUCGGUCGGAUUCUUCUGGGACGAGAUGAUGAAGAGCAUGGGCAAUUAUUUCGGCAUGUUGCUGGUUGCCGUGCCGGUGAGCAUCACAAUGACUCGAGAAGUUCUGCAGCACCGGGAGAUCAUCGAAAAGAAUAUCCAGGAUCUCCAGGAAAAAGUCUUCGACGGGCUGCAAGCACUGGGUCUCCUCCAAGACGCGUACAACGUGGUGAAGAAGAAAACCCGCUCGAAACAGGCGAGCAAGGAGAAGCUGAUCAACAUCGCGAAACGGUUCCGAGAAACCCAGCUGAAAGUGCACAAGCUCAUCCUUGAGUCGCACGCCAGCUUCUGCAAGCUGGAGGAGAUCGCCCUGAGGCCCAAGGCAAUCACCGCGGUCGAGUACAUCGACUUCCUCAUCAAGAACGAAGGCUCGCCCGCGCGGGCGAAGGCGCUGAAGGCCUCCCUCGAGGCGGCCAAGUGGACGGCCGAGAUCAGCGCGAAGGAGGACUGGGAUCCAUUCAGCCGAUCGCUCCAGGACUUGGCGAAGAUGGGACUCCAGAUCACGUUCAACGAGGAGGAGUGCGACGUCGAGUUCCUCUUUCAAGAGCCGACAGGAUUUAUUCAAUUCCUCAAGAAACUCUUUCGUCGGUGUGUGGAUCCUUAUAUCUUGCUUGUUCCAUUUCUAUGUAAUACCUAA